AUGAUCUCUAAGCUCUUCUAAAAUACUGCUAAGUCCCUCACUGCUGUCAACAGCGCUUCCUUCAGUCACCACCACCACAAGGCUCCCGUCAGAGUUGCUGUCACUGGUGCUGCUGGUAACAUCGGUUAUGCUCUCGUCUUCAGAAUUGCUUCUGGUGAAUUAUUAGGUAAGGACCAACCCGUCAUCCUUUAAUUAAUCGAACUCCCCCAUGCUUAAAAUGCUCUUAAGGGUGUUGCUAUGGAAUUGAACGAUUGUGCUUUCCCCUUGUUACGUGACAUCGUCACCACUGACAGCCAAUCUGUUGGUUUCAAGAAUGCUGACUACGCUUUGUUGGUUGGUUCUAAGCCCAGAGGUAAAGGUCAAGAAAGAGCUGAUCUUAUCAAGGAUAAUGGUAAGAUUUUCGUCGACACUGGUAAGGCUAUUAACGACAAUGCCUCCAGAGACUGCAAGGUUUUGGUUGUUGGUAACCCCGCUAACACUAACUGUUUAAUCGCUGCUCACUAUGCUAAGGAUAUCCCUAAAGAAAACUUCACUGCCAUGACCAGAUUAGAUCACGACCGUGCCUUAUACUAACUCGCCUCCAAGACUGGAUCUUAAGUCACUGACAUUAAAAAGCUCUGCAUCUGGGGUAACCACUCUCCUACCAUGUAUCCCGAUUUGACCAACACCACCGUUCACAAUAAGCUUGUUGCUCCCACUUUGGACCAUGCUUGGAUUGAUACUUUCUUCAAUCCUAAGGUUGGUAAGAGAGGUGCUGAAAUUAUUGAUGCCAGAGGUUCUUCUUCUGCUGCUUCUGCUGCCAACGCUGCUAUUAACCACGUUAGAGACUGGGCUUUGGGUAGUGAAGAUUGGGUUUCUAUGGGUGUUCCCUCUGAUGGUUCUUACAACGUUCCCAAGGGUUUGGUCUUCUCCUUCCCCGUCACCACCAAGAACGGUAAGUACUCCAUCGUUCAAGGUCUUAAGAUUAGUGAAUACUCUCAAAAGAAGAUUGAUAUCACUACUAAGGAACUUCUUGAAGAAAGAGCUUGCGUUGAACACUUACUCAAGUGA